AUGGACACUCGCGGAUCGCGUUUAUUGGACCCGUCGUCCGCCAUGGCGGCGAUCACCCGACACAAAGCUGAAGCGAUCAAGCUGGCCCGAGAGCAGGGAACAGCAGUCAAAGAGAUGUGUCGGCGUGCAAAGACCGAAGUGCCUCCCUAUGAAUUCGAAGAAUUGAUUGGCAAAGGUGCAUAUGGUCGAGUCUACAAAGGUCGACAGGUGCCAUCGGGCCGCCUUGUCGCUAUCAAGGUUCUCGAUAUUGACUCGUUAGACUACAAAUCCCAGCGAGAUUUCAGGGACGAGUCCAUAAAGGAUUUCAUUCACGAGACUAAGGUCAUGAAGCAAGUGAAGGACUCUGGAGCCCAAAACAUCAACGAACUCAUUGAGGCAAUCUCUAUUCAUUCCCAGUUAUGGCUAGUUUGCGAAUACUGCCCCGGUGGAAGUGUCCGAACAUUGAUGCGCGCAACUGGCGACAAACUGAACGAGAAGUACAUUAUCCCCAUCGCACGAGAGCUCGCGGUCGGCCUGCGCGCUAUUCACGAUGCCGGGAUCAUUCAUCGUGAUGUUAAAGCUGCCAAUAUCUUGGUUCAUGAGGAAGGCCGGUUAGAGAUCUGUGAUUUCGGUGUCGCUGGUAUCCUCCAGUCCCAGCGCGACAAAAGAUCAACGUGGAUUGGAACACCUCAUUGGAUGCCGCCGGAGAUGUUCGGCCGCGGACCCGCGCACCGUUACAGCAGUGAGGUGGACGUGUGGGCAUAUGGGUGCACGCUCUACGAAUUUGCGAACGGAAGCCCACCCAACGCAGGUCUUCGGGAGCCAAUGCAGAUCGGUCGUCAACUGAACAGGACAGCUCCCAAAUUGAACAACGAUAACUACAGUCAAGGUCUCCAAGAGCUCAUCGCAUUCGCCCUUGAGCCCAAUCCAGCGAACCGUCCGACAAUGGCACAGAUUCUGGAACAUCCAUACAUCGCUGGAACAGAGGAGGAAUACCCUACGUCGUCUGUGAGCGAGCUAGUCCGCAAUUACUACCAAUGGUCGCAACGGGGAGGCCAACGUAUCUCUUUGUUCAAUCCUGGGGGUGCAGCGGCAGCAGAAAUGCCAGAUGCUGAGGAGCCAGUUGACGAUUGGAAUUUCAGCACAACCGAUGGGUUCGAACGAAGAUUCUCCGUCAUUGACUUGGAUCAAAUUGCCGCGUCUCUGGCUGAGAUGGAAGAAUCUAUCAGCCCAUCCACGCCAUCCUCUGAACAUGAUUCUGGUGAAGAUGUGAAUGUAUCUGAUAUGGACCCCGAGCAAAAGGCCAAUUUCGAUGAACGCGUGCGUCGUGGCGCCGCAGCUAUGGAAGGCCUUUUUAACGAAGAAAUGCCGAGUUACAAAUACGAAACUAAGAACGACUUUGUACCCAUACAACCCGCCGCGCCGACUUCUGACCUUCCCCUGCGCACGGAGACGGACCGGUCCUCAGUGAUGUCCACUUUGAUUGACAUUGAUAUUGGAUCUUUCGACUCCUCCCACUAUGCAGCUGGUGCGCCGACAGCACAGCCGUUCCAGUUGGCUAAUGCUGAUACAAUCCGUGCGAACCGUUCGAGUCUCCGUCUUCACCGAAAUUCGAACGAAAAUAGCUCGCAGUCAUCCAGCAGUGGUCAAGAAGAUGAUGAAUCUCAGGAAAAAGAGUUUCAGCCCCAAUCAGGCCCUCGCCCUCCGACCAUGGAUUGGAAGUUCCCUUCAUUCAACCCACCCCCAGAGCCUGAGGAUCAAACCGAGGCAAAGACCGAGGAGGCUCCAGCUCCCGAGUCAGCGCCCGAGGAACCGUUCCAGGCGGAAAAGCGUGCUACCAUGCAGUGGACGUUCCCUGUCAUGGGCGAAAAUACGCCCAGCGAUCUAGUAAAUUCCGACCGCUAUGACACCCUCAGAGCACCGCUGCCUGAUAUUCAGGAAUUGCAAAACGACGCGCCAGGGGAAUCCCGUCCGUCGACCUCAGCCUCGAACAAAUCUACCAUGUCUGACUCAGACUAUGACCCCUUCCGGUUUGAUCGACCAAAAUCCCCGCAGGCUUCACUACACCAAUCCACAUCGUCUUUUGGCUCGGCCCUUGGAGAUCCCUCCGAUCACGUGGAAGAUGACUCCCGUGGAAUCCUCGAUGGGCCGGGGCCGGAUGAAGAGGACCCCCCUUCGUGGAGUGAGACCUCGUCGACAAUCGACUCCAAUGAUGUACCAUCACUCCCUACCGCGAUUCCCGUGCUGGAUGGUCCCGGAGAAAGCCCUAUCAUUUCGUCCGAGCCCGGGUCUCCCGUCUAUGAUGAGCCUUUACAGACUGCUCGCCGUGACGUUAUGUCUAUGGCGAUGUCCCCAGCAACCUCUGCCAAAGAACAUGAGCCAGUUUCCCUCUCUUUCCCUUCGAUUAUUCCGCCUAGUGCAGAGAGCUUGAUGGAAGGUAUUGAUGACAAUACCGUCACCGUCGAGCUGGAUCGUCUGCUUGGUGACUUCCUCGAUGCCUUGGCAGCUACGGGGGAUGCACUCUCAAGAGCAAGUUCUGGACAUCAGACAGAUGAAUCAAAGCAUGCCACGGAAGCAGGCCAGUGA